UUAUAUGGUAGAAGUCCUGAUAUUCCAGUUCGUCAAGAUUUAAAGAUGAUCGAACCGAAAACGUAUGAAAGUGAAAGAUGGUUAAUUUAUUUGAAUAAGCACUUGCCAGCUCUACAUUCCGAUGCUCUGUCGAAAAUCGAAAAGGCUCAUGCAAGACAAAAGAAAUUCUAUGAUCCUGCUGGUUCA